AUGGGUCGCACAUCAAAGGAUAAGAGGGAUAUUUACUACCGGAAAGCCAAGGAGGAAGGCUGGCGGGCUCGCUCGGCCUUCAAGCUGCUUCAAAUCGAUGAAGAUUUUAAUAUUUUCAAAGAUGUGGUCCGUGCGGUGGACCUGUGUGCCGCUCCCGGCAGCUGGUCGCAGGUUCUCUCUCGCAAGCUGCUCGGGUCCUCCGUCCCACGGCCCGAGGGCGAGGAGCCCAAGAUCGUGUCCGUCGAUCUGCAGGAGAUGGCACCGCUGGAGGGAGUCAUCCAAAUCAAGGGCGACAUCACCAAGCUGUCGACGGUGCAAGAAAUCAUCGGACACUUUGAGGGCAAGCUGGCCGAUCUCGUCGUAUGCGAUGGCGCGCCCGAUGUGACGGGAAUGCACGACAUGGAUGAGUACGUGCAGGCCCAGUUGAUCCUCGCUGCGCUGAACAUCACCACACACGUGCUCAAGCCAGGCGGCACGUUCAUCGCCAAGAUUUUCCGCGGCAAGGACGUGACGCUGCUGUACGAGCAGCUCAAGGUGUUCUUCCCCUCGGUCACCAUCGCCAAGCCCAAGUCUUCUCGCAACUCCUCCAUCGAAUCGUUCGUGCUCUGCCAGCACUACACUCCGCCGCAGGGCUACGUGCCCACCAUCAUCAACCCCAUGCUCGACUAUCAAUACGCCGACUCGAACGAGCUGGUGGGUCCCAACCGGGUAAUCGUGCCUUUCAUUGCCUGCGGCGACCUCAAGGGAUUUGAUGCGGACAAGCCAGUGGACAGCAUGUCCUCAUGA